AUGAUUUUUUGCCGUGGCAAUAAAAAAAAUAAACCUCUCCUUGUCUCUGGUAACACGGAACAAGAAGUAACAAAUAACCAAAAUGAAAAAGAUUUUAGUGAAGUAAUCGCUGCAACUUCUCAAAAUAAAGAAUUACCUAUUUUACCAGUGCAAGGUUUAAAUUCUCAAACAAAAAACGAUGAACUAACCCAAUUAAUUCAGCAAACUAAAGAAAAAAUAGGUGUUAAUUUAAUACUUGCUUUAGAAACUUUACUUGAUACCCAAAUUGAAAUUACUCAGGGUAAUAAUAAUUUUGCUAUUCGUCAACUCCAAAGAGAAGCUAAAGAAAAAUUACAAAGCAAACUUAGUUUAGAGGAAAUCAACAAUCUUUGUCAAUUACAAAGUGAACAAGUAUUUUUGGAUGGUGAAAAAGCAGGUAAAUUAGAAGGGAAGGAACUAAAUAUCGAAAACUUUGAUAAUCUUGAAUAUAAUAAAGUAUUUAGUAAAAGUAUGGAGACAUACGGAAAAAAUAAAAAACUUAUGAAAUUAAAUUUACCUACAACUUUAACUAUUAAUGGAGUAGAAGCAGGAGAAAAGUUUAAGAAUUGCAUAGACUCUUACAAUAAUGUCUAUUACAAUUUCUUACUUAACUUUGACUUCGCUAACAAUAUUGACAUAAAUAGUGGUAAAGUAUUAGGUGUUUGUUGUGAUAAUAUAAAAUGUUCUCCAGUAGUAUUUGGAGUAGCUUGUCCUGCUGGCAAUAAAGGAUUUGCCUGUAAUAAACUUAAUCAAGAAAUAUUUUGUUUUAAUAUAGGUUGUGGAGGUAUCAUUGGCAAUAAUUUAAUUACCGGUAGCACUACUUUGGGUAAUAAAUGCCCCAAAGACCUUGUGACUAUUUCUAAUUAUCUUGAUACUAUUACUCCACAAGGUCUAGCUAAAGCCCCUUUCCCAAAAAGUCCGGUUUUAACUAUUACUUCAAUUUCAACUUCACUAGUUGAAAUACCAACUACUACUACUCAACAAGUAACUUCUGCUACUGCUAUCAAUAAUUCUCCUAAUUCCAUCACCCCUACUCCAACUCCUCUUUCCGAUGAUAACUCUCAUCUUACCGAAAAAAUUGCUAUUCCUAUUGGUGCUACCAUCGGAGCUAUUACAGUUGGUGGAAUAACUUACUAUUUAAUCCAGAAAAGAAAAAAUAAACCUCUCCUUGUCUCUGGUAACACGGAACAAGAAGUAACAAAUAACCAAAAUGAAAAAGAUUUUAGUGAAGUAAUCGCUUCAACUUCUCAAAAUAAAGAAUUACCUAUUUUACCAGUGCAAGGUUUAAAUUCUCAAACAAAAAACGAUGAACUAACCCAAUUAAUUCAGCAAACUAAAGAAAAAAUAGGUGUUAAUUUAAUACUUGCUUUAGAAACUUUACUUGAUACCCAAAUUGAAAUUACUCAGGGUAAUAAUAAUUUUGCUAUUCGUCAACUCCAAAGAGAAGCUAAAGAAAAAUUACAAAGCAAACUUAGUUUAGAGGAAAUCAACAAUCUUUGUCAAUUACAAAGCAAAAUCACCACUGAACAAUUACGAGAACAAUUAAAACUCUUAGAAGCAGAAAAAGCAAGGUUAACUAAAAGAAUAGUUGAUUUAGAAACCUUAACUGCUGAAAAAUAUUUAGCCCAGCAAAAUUUAAAAUGCAAUGCUAUGAACCCCAAAAAUCCUGCCGCUUCUUUAUACGAAAAUAGAGCAAAGUUAGUUAACCAAGCCUUAACACCCGACUUAGAAUUAUUAAAAAGACUACAAGACCUUCCCUACCUAAACCCCGAUUAUCAACUUCCUGCCAACUUAGAAAUCGCCCAACAAGAAAUAUUAAACUUACGCCAGCAAGUAAAAGAGUUAGCAAUUGACCGCGAUAAAACCGUCGCAGAAAUAAUAACAAUAAGCAAAAACCACCGCGAAAGACAAAUCCAAGAACUAACCGAACAAAAAGAUAAAGCAAUCCAACUUUUAAAAGAGGAAAAUCACCAACUAAAAGAACAGUUAAAUCAGCAAAAAGUAAACCAAACUCAAACUAAUCAACUACCGAAAAAAAAUAAUUAA